GGGGCAUCGGCGGACCAGGACCUGAGGGGACUCGACGGGUCACGACGGAGAACACAGGAGAGGGUAUCACGUCAAGGCUAGCCGCCUCCAACUUCGUCAGGGGCAUAGCCACUAGGCUAGCCUCCAUCUCCAACUCAGGAUGGCGAGAAGGAUGGCUCCAAACGCCGCUGAAACUAUUCUCCGCCGUGACCCAACCUGACCCGGACUCCACUGCGCAGCUGCCUAAACAUCCUGUACCAGACCUGGAGCAGACGAUGGGCCGAUACUUAGACAACCUUCGGCCACUGGUAGAUGAGGAAACGUUUGAGGCGACUCGCAGAAUUGUAAACGAAUUCGUAGAACCCGAUGGUCCUGGACCCACAAUCCAGAGGGCGUUGCUGGGGAGAAGAGAAGCCAUGGACAACUGGGCUUACACGUGGUGGCUUAAAGACAUGUACCUUGCAGUCCCCCUUCCCUUACCAAUCAACUCGAACCCAGGAAUGGUAUUUCCACCAAGGCAAUUUAGAGGUUUCUCGGAUAUAGCUCGGUAUGCUGCUAGGAUUACAAUGGGUCUAUCUUCUUACAAGGAGAGGUUGGAUAGGAAGGAGAUCGAAGUGGAGAGGGCAACAUCGCGUGAGAAAGGGCAACCUCUAUGCAUGGCCCAGUACUACCGCCUCAUGACGUCAUACAGGGUCCCGGGGAAUCCGUCUGACAGCCUCAUCAGCACCGAACCCGAUGGUCCGAAUCCCAACCAGCACGUCAUCGUCGCAUGUAGGAACAAAUUUUAUGCGGUCCAUUUAAGAAAGGAUGGUAAGAUCCUUACGGAAGAAGAAGUUGCAGGUCACAUGCUUGCCAUCCUAGAUACAGGGACUGACACUACCGCACCAGCUCUAGGUCUACUAACAUCCACUCAGCGACAUUUCUGGGCAGAAAACAGAGAAUCUUUACUAGGCUAUGAGGAAAACAGAAACAGCUUGGAACUGAUUGAAAACAGUCUAGCCUUGGUAUGUCUUGACCACCAUCCUUUAGGGGAAGAGUUUUGCCGCAAAGAUGGUGUCAACGGCCUGUGUUAUGAACAUUCUACAUCAGAAGCCGUGGCCUUAAUAAAUGUUCUUGAAACAAUUAUUGAUACCUGUAAUAAUAUAAGUUCAAACGAAGUUAUUCCAUGUACGAUAGCUCUUCAAGAACUGACGUGGAUCGCCCCAAAUCAACUAACAAGAGCAAUUAAUGAAGCUGCAAGGUCAAUUGAUAAUUUAAUCGAAGAUUUUGAUUAUUAUGUUUACCAUUUUGAUGGAUACGGCAAAAGGUUUAUCAAAUCCUGCAAAGUUAGUCCUGACGCUUACGUUCAAAUGGCAUUGCAACUGGCCUAUUACAAAUUAUAUGGUAAGCUAACAGCAACAUACGAGAGUGCUUCGACCCGUAGAUUUCGACUAGGAAGGGUAGAUUGUAUCAGGUCAGCAACUUGGGAGGCGUUACAGUGGGCUGAAGAAAAAUUAGCUCUUUUUGAUGCAGCGAUGAAGAAACAAACAGAAAUCAUGGUUGAUAAUAUCAUGGGCCAAGGAAUAGAUAUUCAUCUACUCGGACUUCGGGAACAGGCAAAACUUAUAGGAAGACUUCCAGAUCUCUUCCAGGACAAAUCUUACAAGAUCUUAAAUCACUUUGGAUUGAGUACGAGCCAGGUGGCAACCAAAAUUGGAUUUAUGGGUUACGGACCAGUGGUACCAGAUGGUUACGGGGCUUCAUACAACAUACACGAAGACUCAGUUAUAUUUUGCCUGUCUGCAUUUUAUUCAUCAGAACAAACAAGUACUUCUCGAUUCGCACAAAGUCUUGAAGAAAGUUUUAAUACGAUGCAAACACUUCUUCAAAUUCGAUUGUAAAAAAAAAAAAAAAAAAAAAAAAAAGCGCAUAAAAAUGUAUUGUUUAAUAUUCGUAUGUAGUCUGUAGCACUUUUCUCAGAAUCUUAUAGUUUAGAACCUGACUAAAGACUACUUGUUACUUUUUCUAUAGGAGUACAUAAAUAGUAAUAUAUGAGUAUAUUGCUAAACUAAACAUAUCAUUGUAAGAACUGAAAGUUACCUGUUAAUUUGACCUAGUAAUGUAAGAAUAUUUUAAUUAUACAAAAAAAAAAAAGAAGAUUAUUUAUUUUCAUUGGACUAACAUUUACUUGCUUUGUUAGUAAAUGUGACCAAGAACAAUACAUAUCAUUAAACAUAUCAUUAAAUUUUAAGAUUAGAUAUAAGUCAAGUUUGACAUCUGAGAAACUAAUGCAUAUCAUAAAAAGUGUUAAUAUAUAUUUAUUGAAUAGUAUCUGAUAAGACCAAAGACUAGCUUGUAAAUCUAAGUUACUUUUUUAAUGUGAUUAUUUAAUAAAUUGUAGAAUUAUAUCAAAUGUUUUGUUAAAUAUUCAUGGAUUUUAUUGCGUUGACUUUUGGCAGGUUCCAAGGCAAAUUUUAUUUAUUGUUCAGCAAUUUUAUAAUUAUGUUUUAUUGUUAAUGUUAUAAAUUAUCCCAUGUUUUAUUAGAUAAUGUUAUAUGUUCAUUAUAAAAUUAGAACAUAAAUUAAAAUUAUGUUGUUAAUGUACAGUCAAACCCCCUAAUAUUGAGCUGAAGAUGGAUGAUCUCAGCUAUUGAUAUAACAAUUUUCUUAUAUCAACCUCAAUGAGACAAAGUGAUAUAUCGACAAGAAAAUUUGUCUUCAUUUUCAAGGCAUAAAUGCAUUAAAAUCUAAUGCUUCUCCCUCUGUUCUUUUCUGAUUGUCAGUAUUUUCUUAUAUUAUAGAUAUUUUCAGCUAUGAUCCGAAAGGAAUAAACAAUAGAAGUAAAUUUGUGAUUAAUAGGAUGGAUUCAAAAUAGGGAUGAGACUGGUUUGGGCAAUUCCGAUUAUGCCCAAAAUAUGAAUUAAUUUAUUUUGAUAUUUUUACAAUUGGUUAUUUGAUUUAGUUAUUGCAUAUUUUUAUUGAAUUAAGCACUUAUUGAA